AUGUUAAAAGCUGCAGCACUGGAGUUUGUCAAUGCUGUUGGCUUUGCCGACCUGCCAUGGUGCGAGGGAAGAGAACAGCCCAUCUUCACCACCAGAGCCCAUGUCUUCCAAAUUGACCCCAGCACGAAGAAGAACUGGGUUCCUGCAAGCAAGCAGGCUGUAACUGUUUCCUACUUCUAUGACAGCACGAGAAACAGCUAUCGGAUUAUCAGUGUGGAUGGAGCCAAGGUGAUCAUAAACAGCACCAUCACCCCUAACAUGACCUUCACUAAAACAUCGCAGAAGUUCGGCCAGUGGGCAGACAGCAGAGCAAAUACUGUGUUUGGUUUGGGCUUUCCCUCCGAGCAGCAGCUGACGAAGUUUGCAGAUAAAUUCCAAGAAGUAAAAGAAGCUGCCAAACUAGCGAGAGACAGAUCUCAAGAGAAAAUUGAGACCUCAAGCAAUCAUUCCCAGGAAUCUGGACGUGAAACACCAUCUUCCACUCGAGCAUCUAGUGUGAAUGGGACAGAUGAUGAGAAGGCAUCACAUGGUGGUCCUGCUGAGGCACAUCUCAAGUCUGAGAAUGAUAAAUUAAAAAUUGCUCUAGCCCAAAGUUCAUCCAAUGUGAAGAAGUGGGAGACGGAGCUGCAGACGCUGCGGGAGAGCAACGCCCGGCUGAGCACGGCGCUGCAGGAGUCCGCCGCCAGCAUCGAGCACUGGAAGAAGCAGUUCUCAGCCUGCAAGGAGGAAAACGACCAGCUCAGGAGCAAGAUUGAAGAACUGGAGGAACAAUGCAAUGAAAUAAAUAAAGAAAAGGAAAGAAAUGCACAACUGAGUAGACGUCUCCAGGAACUGGAAACAGAACUUCAGGACAAAGAGCUGGUAAGUGGCCUGAACACAGAAAUGGCAUCCUUUACAGUUUGA